AUGGACUCCUCCACUUCGAAACCUCCCGAUACUCCAGAGGGUGGCGGGCGCGGGCGGGGAGCGCGGGGCGCGGGGCGAGAGCGCGCGCGGCAGCUGACCGGCGGCGCGCGGCUCAUGUGGGCGGCCGGCGCGUGCUGCUCGCGCCAGCCAGGUGACAACGCCGGUGAUGGCGACGGGGGCGCCGCGGCGGCGCGCGCUCCGGUCAAGACCUUCCAGGCGUACCUGCCGCCGGCGCACCGCACCUACAGCUGCAUACACUGCCGCGCGCACCUGGCCAGCCAUGACGAGCUCAUCUCCAAGUCGUUCCAGGGCAGUCAGGGGCGUGCGUAUCUUUUCAAUUCUGUAGUGAAUGUGGGUUGCGGUCCGGCAGAGGAGAGGGUUUUGUUGACGGGUCUGCACGCCGUUGCAGACAUUUACUGCGAAUGCUGCAAAACGAUGCUCGGAUGGAAAUAUGAGCACGCGUUCGAGUCGAGUCAGAAAUACAAGGAGGGCAAGUUCAUAAUAGAACUCGCUCACAUGGUGAAGGAGAACGGGUGGGAU